AUGGCUAAUCAAAGAGCGAUUCUCAAAAACGCUCUCAUCCUUUUCCUCUUCACCUUAACCAUCAUAACAAAAACCGCGUUCUCUCAAAACUGCGGUACCAACGGCUGUGCAGGCAACUUAUGCUGCAGUAGAUAUGGAUAUUGUGGCACCACAGCCGCAUACUGUGGCACCGGGUGCAGAAGUGGACCUUGCUCUUCCGGACCCUCACCUGUCACACCAACUCCUAGCGGCGGUGGAGGCGGUCUAAACGCUGAUCCUCGUGAUACCAUUGAAAACGUUGUUACACCAGCGUUUUUUGAUGGUAUCAUGAGUAAAGUCGGAAACGGCUGUCCAGCAAAAGGGUUCUACACUCGCCAAGCUUUCAUCUCCGCCGCACAAUCUUUCCCGGCCUAUCAAGGAACCGUCGCUAAGCGUGAAAUCGCCGCCAUGAUGGCUCAGUUCUCUCACGAGUCUGGAAGUUUUUGUUACAAAGAAGAAAUAGCGAGAGGAAAGUACUGCCAAGCGAGCACAGCCUACCCUUGUCAACCGGGAAAGGACUACUACGGUCGCGGUCCGAUCCAAAUCACGUGGAACUACAACUACGGCGCAGCCGGAAAGUUCCUUGGACUUCCUCUCUUGACUGAUCCAGAUAUGGUGGCCCGUAGCCCUGAAGUAGCCUUUAAGUGUGCCAUGUGGUUCUGGAACCUUAAUGUUCGUCCGGUUUUGGACCAAGGCUUUGGAGCCACAACGAGGAGGAUCAACGGUGGAGAAUGCAACGGUAAUCGUCCUGCAGCGGUGCAGAGCAGAGUUAACCGUUACGUGGAGUUCUGUCAGAUGCUUGGAAUCACUACUGGAACAAAUCUUAGUUGUUAA